AUGUCGUUACCACAGAAAACAGCAACUGCGCCCGAAGUGAUCGGAAAGAACACACUACCUGGCUUGCCCAAAGAACUACUGGAAGCGAUCGCCAAGGAGUGCGACCCAAGUGACCUGUUGGCUCUACGACAGGCCUCAAGGCUCGUACACAAUGGCAUUGAUCGGACCUUCUUGCACGAAUACUUCACAGACCGUAACCACAUCAUCACUGUCGGUUCACUUGAGGAUCUUAUCCACAUCACUGCUACGCCUCGCAUGUGCAAGACCUUGUCAAGGCUGACUCUCAGCAUGCCAUGGCUCGAGCAGAGAUAUUGGGGCCCUGAUCCGAAGGCAGUGUGCUCUUCGCCUUGCAUGCGUGAAGACCACAGCUCAAACGAUUGA